GCCACUUCUCUGAAGUUGAAGCAACUCAGAAUUCAUACACUUCUAGUUCUUAUUAUCAGAGGAUACAACUCAUAAUUGAUUUAGGUUUUUGCAGGUGCCAUUCAUUGAUAAAUUAAGAGUCCAUUCACAUGGAAUACAACAAGAAAAAUCACCCUCUUACUCCUCCUCUUCCACCCGUUUCCGAGAUGGAAGAAGGUGGAGGAGGAGAGAGCACAAUGGAGUGCUCGGCGAAGCUGUGCAAAUCGUGCACGGCUGGCCUCAUAGCCGACUGUGUCGCGCUAUGCUGCUGUCCGUGCGCAGUCUUGCACUGCUUCGCCUUAGCAUUUGUAAAGGCUCCAUGGGUUGUCGGAAGAAGGUGCUUCCGCUUAGGCAAGAAAUCAUGGUCGUCGUCGUCGCCGUCUUCGUCCUCAUCUAACAACAAGAAGAAGAAAACACUGAUCAAACACAACAAGAGAAGAUGCAAAUGUUCUUCUUCUACUACUACAACAACUAGUAGUAGUACUACUCAUGAUUUUGAUGCUGUCGCUGUCGUGCAAUCAACAUCAUCGGAAACCAAUGAUGUUGUUGUUGUUGGGAGGGACGAUGAACUGGAGAGUGUCACUGUCAAUGCUGGAUUUGAGGCUGACGAGGUUUGGUUAGAGCUUUAUCAAAUUGCUCAUUUGGAUUUUGGAAGGAUUUCUUUCUCAGACCAACAUAAUGAGUGA